UUAGUUUACAUGGGCUGCACACUUCUCGGUGGAUUAGUGCUCUACUCUGUCAUCUCAUAAAAUGCUAAUAAUUGUCUAUGUCUGGUAUGGUGUCCAGUAAUAUGUCCAUUAAAUGAGCUGUCUGCUUAACACAGCCUUUGCUGCCUUUUUUCAGUUUAAUAAUCACAGUAGGACAUAUCACGAUUUUAAAUGUAUUAACUGUGCAUUUCAGAGUGAAGGGAGUAACAAAGCACAUGCUCAGAUUUAUUUGUGAGCAUUUGAAAGCAGUCGUGUGUCAGACAGACAGCAUGCGGUUACCGGAUUCAGUCGGAUUUGUCAUCUCCACAGUAGUCAAGAAAGUCUUUCAAUCCAAAAUACUUACUUUUCUGUGAUAAAUGUUAGGUAAGGGUGUGUAUGAGUAGAUGAGAAAGUCUGAUGCUGGUGCAGGGCAGUUGUUUUCUCUUUCCCUCAUCAGUGGUGUUAAGAAUAUCGGAGCCGUUUAGUAGUUUGAAUUGGUCUAAUUGCUCCAUAGCACAUUCAAAUAGAAAAUUCUUAUGUGGAAUUCAAAUGUAUUGCAUGCACCACGAUACAGAGGGAAGCCCAAUUUAAUCAUGCAUGUGAGCCAGUCUGCGCUAUCCUAUAAUCGAUGCUCACAUUUUGAGGGAAGCCCAUUUGACCUGAAAGCUUCAGUCACAUCUGUGUCCCACAUAAGAAGCAUAUUUAUUGCUUAUAAAGCAAGAGGAAUAUCUUAAGGUUGCUGUGAAUGGACGUGCCUGGCAUUAGAAUGUCAAAAUAAAGGUGCUUCUUUAAGAAAUAUUCAUCUGUUUUUACACGUUGCAUCAAUGAUAUUGCAUAAUUGGGUAUUUGAUCGAUGCAUCAAUCCAGAUUGGAUCGUUACACCCCAAAUUGUUACUGUAGUAAAGUCAUGGUUCAUUUUUGUAAUGUAAGGUUAGAGUUUAGGUUAGAGGCUUGAUGUAAAUGAAAACAAUAAACACUGCAACAAUGCCACUAUAAUGUAUGUUAAUAUUUGGUGUGUAAAUGACAUCUGACACCAUUUUCACACAAAGAAGAUGCUUUUUUUGUUGCUAUUUAUGCAAACAUACUCUGCCUAAAAUAAAACAUGUUUCCUUCAAGUGUUUCUCAAUGAAGUAAAUUGCUUCAAAUUUUUUAAGUAGGUAAUUUUUUCUAAUGUCUGUUUUUUCCCAAUUUCACAUUUUUCUUUUUUUCUGAAUUCUAUGUUUAAAAUUAGAUAAUCAAAAUAGUGUCUUAUCAAAUUAAAUUAGAAGAGUUUCUUUUUGAAAUACCAUUGCAAAGAUCCUCACUACAUCAUCUAAAACAUAAAACAUUUCUUAUUUUUGUCAAAAUAAAGUGUUGCACAGCAAAGCAUCACAUUUUAAAUGAAAACAUUGAUGAAAACUGCCAUUCAGUACAACAGCACUCUUGCUUGUGAGAUAUACUCUUUGGAACACUAUGGCUUUCUGUCUUGCUUUGGAACAGUAAUCUAAAUAUAGCUGCACAAUUAAUCAAAAACUGCACAAUUAAUCAAAAAACGAAUCACGAUUAUGGCUGCCACGAUUGUGUAAUCGUGAAAACUGACGAUUACAGCAUUCAAUUUAAGUCUGCUCCUGUUGCGUCAAUGGUUUGUACUUUACAAUGUGUUUUUGCAGCGGUUGAGGAUUCUAACCAAUCACAGACAAGUCCGAUGAGCAAUGAAAUAGCCAUGGCCAAUCAGAGCCACUUUAAUUAGUCCUCCCUAUUACGAUCAGUAAUGACAACUGAUUCUAAUGUGCACGUUUUAAACCAUCUGAAUGCCCAGAUGCUUGCUUUAUAUUCCACCUCUGUUUAUGGUGGCACACGAAAAUUAAUAGGCUACUGAAGAAACAUCACCUGACAUCGAGAAGAAGCUGUAGACAAAGAGCGAAAAGCACUUUGGAAUUAUUUUGAUGUUAAAUAAACAACACAACAAAACUAAAACACUCCUGUUCUAAUCAAAGCAUAAAUGGUGUAAAUAAUAAUAAUUGAUUUUUAUGCUGAUUAGACAGCUUUGUUUUUAAUGAGAGCAUUCCCGAGAGUAGCCUACAGAACAUUAUGCGGAGCAUCAUUGAGCUUGCUUUGGUCUCAAACAGUGUAAACCUGCUGUGAGUGACAGAAGACAUUGUAAUGGGAGAGUUCUGUGUACAAUUUAUAAAAAAUUUAUUAACAGUUUUGUUUUGUCAUGUUAAUAAUUAGGCAAAAAAUACAAAAAGCAAUAAAGUAAUUCAGCUGAAAUGUUCUAAGUUUGUUUUGGAGGUGUAGGCCUAACCAACAUAAAAAUAUGGCAUGAAUAGCAUAUUUCAGGAAUCACCGUCAUUAUCGCGUCUGCUCUAAUAAGGCCCAUUAGCUUUAACAUUUCCACAAAUUGCACAAACUCUGACCACAAAUUACUGUUUUAAUUUCCAAAGUGCAACCACUGAGGCCAAAAAUGAUCUAACGAUGAUCUUACAUGAACAAGAGCACUUUUGACGAUCUAACGGGAUGAAUGUUCAGCUGUCCCGCCACUAAAGGGCUUACUGAACACAGUAAGUAACUUGGUCAGUUUAAAUCAGCUGUUAAAAAGUUUGAAUUUUGAAUAUGUCAUUAUUAGGUCACAAUUAGCAUUAAUUCUAUUUUUUCUAUACCAUAGAUAUCCAUUUAAAAUACAUUUUAUUUGACCUAACAUCCUGAAAAGAUGCUUAAAAUAAACUGGAAUGCAGCUCAUAUCCACCAUUGAAAUCUGCUACUCUGAAGAACUGCACGGCUCCUUAUUCUUUUUUUUUUUUUGUGCCUGGAACCCUGUUUAUAUGUGCAUCAGGUGUUUCAACCAAAAAGUCUUCCACAUUGGAUGCUCCUAAGCUUCCUCUGUCCUCAAUCCUUGGCUCCUCGAGAAUUUAUACGUCCUUCAUUAUGGCGGAAUAGCAGUACAGUGAUGAUGCACAAUAUCUGCUACUAACUGUUGUAUGUACUUCUUGUGUCAAUGGUUUUUAAUCCACUGAUUUAAAUAAUCACUGGAAUGCUACUCUAUAUUUAAUCCCAUUGGUUUUUUGACCUGUAAUUGCUUUUAAUUUUAAGGGAAAAAACUACAAUUCAUAUGUUGAGUUGGGUUCGGCUAUUUGUUUGAAUUACACUCGUAGUGCAUCAGUACAUUGUGGUGCAUCGAUCUUUCAAAGUAAUUUAGUUGCAUCGAUUUUGGAAUCGAUUAUCAUUGCUGUUUUAAUAUAUAAUAUACCCAAUAUAACCAUCUCAUAUUACACAAACCUUAUUUCACUUUGAAAUAAUGUUUUUGCUGCUGAGUUUACUCAGCAAACCUACAUAAGAUAAAAUGGAUGGAUGGAUGGAUGGAUGGAUGGAUGGAUGGAUGGAUGGAUGAAUGCUGUCAUGUUCGGCUUUCUGUGUCUUUAUUCAAACCUUUUUGCAUCCAUGACAAAAGCUCAUUCCUUCGACGAUAAACGUGAGUCCAACCAUCACCCCUGGUGAGAUAAAACAGCAACUUGUCAGUGAAGAGCACUUUUUGCCAGUCCUGUCUGGUCCAACGAAUGUGGGUUUGUGCCCAUCGGUGACGUUGUUGCCGGUGAUGUCUGGUAAGGACCUGCCUUACAACAGGCCUACAAGCCCUCAGUCCAGCCUCUCUCAGCCUAUUGCAGACAGUUUGAGCACUGAUGGAGGGAUUGUGCAUUCCUGGAGUAACUCGGGCAGUUGCUGUUGCCAUCCUGUACCUGUCCCACAGGUGUGAUAUUUGGUUGUACCGAUCCUGUGCAGCUGCCACUGAGAGGACGAUCAGCUGUCCUUCAUCUCUCUCUGUCUUAGGCGUUGUAUCAUUUGUUUUUUUAUUUUAAUUUUUUUUCAAAAUGGCUAUUGUAAGCAAAUAUCAAAGGAUUUUGCCCUUCUGUAAUUGGGAAGAAAAUCCUUUUAAUCAGUCUUGUUCUGUUGUCUGUAGUUCUGUUCUUUUCUACUCAGUUAAAGGUCUACUGAAGUUUAACAUGUAGGCUAUUUAAUUUUUAAAUGACUACUUUGAGGCACGACAACUCUUGAAGAAAUCUCUGAUGUGUAACACAUCAGAUCUACAGUCUGAAGAGGAAGAGGAGGAGAUUCGGCCAAAAAGAAGCCCAAAGCCGAUUCAUUUCUUGGGAGACUCUGAUGAGAGCGAGGAGGAAGGUACUCAGAAAAAGAGAGCCAGGGGUCCAGGCAAACUUUUAACACAACCACCAGCCCCUGUUAUCUCACCACCACCUUUUAUCCCAAGUAGCGGCACUGUUGCUCCACCUCCACCCAUUUCACCACCUCACUUUUCACAGAGGCCAGCAGAAGAGCAAACUCCUUCUGCAAGCAGGGUCUACAGACCUACCUGGCGGGGGGGAAGAUGUGGAUCAGACAGUAUUGCCUGCUCUGCUGCAGAAAUCCACAUAAUGAGCUUGCUGGAAUUAAUAAAACAUCAACAAGAGCAAAUCAUGUCUAAAGUUAAUUAUUUGAUGAGCAAGUUGAACCCAGCAGGCCAAGACAUGGAAAUGGCUGACAACCCAGUUGAGUUUCCAUUAACAUCAAUGGAAGAAGUGGAGAAUUUUGAGGAGUGGCUCAAAAAUCCCGCAAAUACUCAAACAAAGUUUAGUGUGAUUUCCUCCCUGGCAACUAUUGGGGGCCAUGACACCAAACGUGUCACAUGGAACAUCCUUUCCCGUAUGUUCCAUGACGAUGUUGGGAGGAGGAUCAAUUGGAAGGGCAUGAAUGGGAAAAAAUCAUUCAAUCAGAUGGAGUCUAAAAAGUUACUCCUGUGUGCUGUGAGAAAGAGCCAUGUCUCCCGUGCCGCCACCAAUGACGAGAUUACAACGAAUGUAAUACGUUGGUUCAACCUGGCAGCAGAUAGGGGAAGCUCAAGGAGCCGUCCCACUGUCAGCAUCCUGACCCAACAGUAGUGACUUUUUUUAUUUUUUUAAUGUUUUUUCAUUUAGUAAAAUGUUUUUCAUUCAAUAAAACAAUGUUCUG